GACAAGGGCGGCGCCGCCUGCGCCGCCGAGCGGGCGAAGGCCGUGGGCGGCAUCGCCGCGGCGAUGAAGACGGAGGGCCGCCGUGUCCGCAGGAUUUCUUCCAGUGCUUCUCCCACCGCUUUGCGCUCUCGUCGUGCACCGACGCCACGGUGUCCAAGCUGCUCAAGUGCCAGUUCAAGCGCGGGAGAACGGAUCCUACGAGCCGGCGCCGGAACCGUGGAACGACGACCUGGGCCCGGCCCAGGAUCAGUUUUCGGGCACCCUGCUGAACACGAACUGAUCGAGCAGGCAUCUUUCGUCCUCAUCUCUCCAGCCCUCGUUCUCUUCGCAUUCCUCGAUUCCACGCCUCCUAAAUCGGGCUCGCAUCGGCUUUGCAUCGGCGAUGUGCAGCCCUAUUUUGUCCACUCCGACGUCGCCGAUGCAUCCAUCGGCAGUUUUCGCGUUUCGUCUAUCUCGUGCUGCCUUUCGGGGCGGUGCCUGUUAUGGCCUGCAGACUCUCCCUGCUCCUCGUUCGGCCCCGUUCGCGUGGGGCGGCCGAAGCUGUUCCCCGUGGGCCAUCCUUGCAGGAGGCACUCUUUCGGUGGAUCCAUGCCAUGUGUGAGUCGUUACUGUGCGAGUGGUGGAACGCGCCUGUCGAGGAACGGGAGCCACUUCUUUCCUCGCUCGCCGCCAAUCUCCUGA